AUGAACUUUCUCCAAUCCCAUGACAACAGCUCCUUCUUCCAACCAUCAGCUUUCCUGCUGAUUGGCAUUCCAGGACUGGAAGCUGUGCAUGGAUGGAUUUCUAUUCCCUUCUGUUCCAUGUAUACUCUGGCUCUCACAGGCAACUUCCUGAUCCUGCUAGCUGUGAGAAGGACUCCCAGUCUGCACCAGCCCAUGUAUUACUUCCUGUCCAUGCUGUCUCUCACUGACUUGGGACUCACUUUGUGCACACUUCCCACCACCCUGGCUGUGCUUUGGUUUGACUAUCGCCGCAUAGCCUUUGAUGCCUGCCUGGUCCAGAUGUUUUUCCUCCAUUCUUUCUCUGUGGUGGAAUCUUCAGUGCUUCUGGCUAUGUCCUUUGACCGCUUUGUGGCCAUCUCUAAUCCCCUGAGGUAUGCAUCUGUCCUUACCAACAGUGUCAUUGGCAGGAUUGGAAUGGCUAUUGUGACCCGUGCCACUGUUUCUCUCUUCCCUGUGCCUUUCCUGCUGAAGAGGCUGAACUUCUGCCCUGAGAAAGUCCAACUUUCCCACUCAUUCUGUUUCCAUGCUGACAUGAUGAAGAGGGCCUGUGCUGACAUCACUGUCAACAUCCUAUAUGGGCUCUAUGUGGUUCUGUCCACAGGAUUUGUGGAUUCCUUGCUAAUUGCCCUCUCCUAUGGACUCAUCUUGUACACAGUUAUGGGGUUAGCAUCUCCCCAAGAACGAAUCAGGGCUCUCAACACCUGUGUCUCCCAUAUACUAGCUGUGUUGGUGUUCUAUAUCCCUGGUGUUGGAGUGUCCAUUAUCCACCGCUUUGGUAGGCAUGCACCCCCAAUUGUGCAUGCCCUUGUUGCCUAUGUCUAUUUGAUUGUUCCCCCUGUGCUCAACCCUAUCAUCUACAGUGUCAAGUCAAAGCACAUUCGGGAGGCACUGAUCAAGUUGUUAAAGAGGGAGGGUCAGGGUUGA